GAGAAGAUUUUGUGCCAUAAGUUUAUGAGGUUCAUGACGAUGAGAGCAGAGAACUUCUUCAUUCUGAGGAGGAAAGCGGUUGAGGGCUAUGACAUCAGUUUCCUCAUCACCAAUUUCCACACCGAGCAAAUGUUCAAACACAAGCUGGUCGACUUUGUAAUCCACUUCAUGGAGGAGAUUGAUAAAGAAGUCAAUGAAAUGAAACUCUCUGUCAAUGUCAGAGCUCGCAUUGUUGCAGAAGAGUUUCUCAAAAAUUUCUGAUGCUGAGUGAACUUGCUGUC